ACCCAAGUUUUUUAUUUUAAUAAAAAAAAGAGGGCAAUUUAUGAAUUCAACACUCUAAAAUCUCAUAAAUCAAUUUACCAUAAACAGAAUGUAUACUCAGAUUUUGAAUUAAUCCAAGUAUCUAACUUAUGCAAGUCUUACCUUUGUUACACCAACCUCUGCCUACCAUUUCACUCCCUCCGAAUUUCUUCUUUGGUUGGUCCAACUUCUUCCUAAACAUUAUUACUCUCCCAAGACGGAGAGAUUAAAGGUUCGAACCCAUCUGAAACUACAAAACACGUAAACAUGUAAUGAAAGAAAAGCCGAAAACACUUCCCCAUGACGAUCAAAGCUCCAAAAAUGGCUGCUACUUGCUUCGGACCGCCUUCCUCAGCCGCUGCUACCGGUGAUGAGGAUUCGAUCAUACUCUUCUCGCCCUCCAACUCCCCCGACGAGGAAUUCUCCUCUGCCUCCUCUUCCUUCUCCUCUCAAGCCCGGGAUCCUUAUCCUGAGAUUUCUUACAAGCUAUCAGUCUUCAAUCUCUCGUAUUCAAUCAACCCUAUUCCAUCAUCCCCGUUUCCUCUGUUUCCCCGCCUUUUCCAGGAGCCAAACCCCAUCAAGAUUCUAAAUUCCGUGUCUUUCGCAGCAGAAAGCUCCGAAAUCUUGGCCGUGGUAGGACCGAGCGGGACGGGGAAAUCGACCCUCUUGAAGAUCGUAUCAGGAAGAGUGAAUCACAAGGAAUUGGACCCAGAAGCAGCAAUUCUGAUCAACGAUCGUAACAUCAGAAACCUUUCACAGCUACGAAGAAUCUGUGGAUUCGUUCCACAAGACGAUGAUCUUCUGCCUUUGCUCACUGUGAAGGAAACGCUAAUGUACAGUGCCAAAUUCAGCUUGAGAGAUUCAAUGACGCCAAGGGAAAGAGUUCGUGUGAAGGAUAGCUUCGUCGGAGAAGGAGACGAAGAGGACCGAGGAGUGUCAGGCGGAGAACGGAAGAGAGUUUCGAUCGCCAUCGAGAUGAUCCGUGACCCUCCGAUUCUGCUCCUGGACGAGCCGACGUCUGGUUUGGACAGCAGAAACUCGCUUCAGGUGAUCGAGCUCCUCGCUUUCGUGGCGAAAUCCAGGCGAAGAACUGUCGUGCUGUCGAUCCACCAGCCGAGUUAUCGAAUCCUCGAUUACAUCUCCAGUUUCCUGAUUCUCUCACGUGGAUCGGUUAUUCACUUUGGGAAUCUGGGAUCUCUCGAGGAAUCGAUCGUUAAAAUAGGGUUCCAGAUCCCGGCGCAGCUUAAUCCACUCGAAUUCGCCAUGGAAAUCGUGGAUUCCCUCCGAAAUUCGAAUUCCGGAGCAACCCAAAUCGCCGACAAUCCACAUCCGAUCUGGCAGCCGGAGGAAGAAAACGAAGACGAUCGAAUCAAACAUCGAUAUCCUCUCCUCGACAUCGCCGAGAUCGCAUUACUCUGCUCCAGAUUCUGGAAGAUCAUCUACAGGACGAAGCAGCUAUUUCUGGCGCGUACGAUGCAGGCGCUGGUCGGCGGAUUCGGCCUCGCUAGCGUCUACGUGAAACUCCGGCGAGACGAAGCAGGAGUAGCGGAGAGACUCGGCCUCUUCGCCUUCAGCCUGAGCUUCCUCCUCUCCUCAACAGUCGAAGCACUCCCGAUCUACCUCCACGAACGCCGAAUCGUGAUGAAGGAAUCCUCAGUCGGAUGCUACCGGAUCUCAUCAUACAUCAUCGCAAACACAAUCGCCUUCACGCCAUUCCUCUUCGUCGUCUCCCUCCUCUUCUCCAUCCCCGUAUACUGGAUCGUAGGCCUGAACCCAUCGAUCCAAGCGUUCGCGUUCUUCAUCCUGGUCGUGUGGCUCAUCGUCCAAAUGGCGAGCUCUCUGGUACUCUUCCUAAGCGCAGUAUCGCCGGAUUUCAUCUCCGGGAACUCCCUGAUCUGCACAGUUCUGGGAGCGUUCUUCCUCUUCUCAGGGUACUUCAUACCGAAGGAGAGCAUCCCGAAGCCAUGGAUGUUCAUGUAUUACGUGUCGUUGUACAGGUACCCGCUGGACACGAUGGUGGUGAACGAGUACUGGAGCUUGAGAGGGGAGUGCUUCUCAUGGCGAGGGGACGCGCCGUCGCAGCAGACGUGCGAGAUGACGGGAGAGGAGGUGUUGAGGAGCAGGGGACUGGAGAGGGACACGAGGUGGAUGAACGUAGGGAUCAUGUUUGGAUUCUUCCUUUUCUAUCGUCUCCUUUGUUGGGCCAUUCUCCUUCGAAAGUCCAAAUCUGUUUCCUCCUGAUGUGUAUGCAUAUGCUAUGCCAAAUGCAUAUGCAUACACAUAUAUAAAAUAAUUAUAUUUAGAAAAAUAUCAAAAAAAAUUAUCGAAUUUUGAGAUCAA